AUGCCGAGAACGAAGGCCGCGCCCAAGCGGCGAGGCCAGCGCCCCAGGCAGCCCGAGGCGCCGUCGACCGGCCCUGCAACGGCCACGGACGAGGUAACACUCACGCACGGCAGCACGGGGCCCCCGGGGGCGCACAAGGGGGCCGCGUCCGAGUGCGAGGAGGUCAUCGCGACGCAGCACGUCUCGCGAUGCGCCGACGGGGACGCCGCGACGGACCUCGCCGCGACGCAGGACGCCGCCACCGCGCCUACUGGCCGCAAGCGCAAGGCCGAGCCCUCCCGCCGUGGCGGGCCGUGCGCGGUGCUGCGGACGGCGGGCCGGGUCCUGCAGGGAGUCGCGGCGUCGCGGAAGGGGUCCACGAACCCCACGGCCCUCCAGGCGGCCCUGCAACGGUUCGAGGAGCUGGACGCUGACGCACAGUGCAUCUCCCCGGCACUCCGCGCGAAAGCCCGCAAGGUCGGCAGCGACGGGCGGGCCACGUCCUCUGUAUCUAGGCCCGUCACCGUGGCGCUCGUCCCGCGCAGGCUGGUGGACGAGGGCGGCCCGAGCGCGUGUUUCGCUGCACUGCCACUCCACACGCGAGCGGCGCUGCGGAACGGCGCCGACGCGCCGCUGGACCCGAACGCCGACUUCCGCGAAGUGUCCCUAGCGCGGCGCGCCCCCUCCGACGCCAGCGUCGCCGCGGGCGCGCACCUGGAGCUCGUUGCCGCCGCCGACGACGUCUCGGCAUCCUUCGCGGUGGUGGCCGACGAGGACGUCGCCGCCGCCGUGAUGCACCUCGCGUCCAGCGGGAGCGGGUCGUUCGCUCUCUGUGCGCGCGCGGACGUGGCCGCCCGCGCCCCGCAGUGGGCCCGGCUGCACCUCGGGGCGUCGGAGGGGGACUUUUGCCUCCUGGUCGGACUGAGCGGGCCCGCUGUGGCACAGGCGGCCGCCGUGACGGACCCCGAGCACCGCGGCGUGCGUGCGUGGAACGCCAGCGUGCGGACCGUCGUGGACGCGAGCUGCCCGGACGCAGAAGACCCCCCCCCGCCCGACAGCGACGCGGCCGCGGCGGAGGACGAGAAACUCGACGCAGUCAGCAUCUUCGCGGCCGUGCGCCCCGCGGGCGACGAGGAGGCCCUCCCGGACCACCUCCACCCCGAGUCUCUCAGGCCGACGCUCCGCGGCUACCAGCGGCGCGCCGUCGCGUGGAUGGUGAAACGCGAGCGCGGGAUCGCCUCGCUCGGGGACUUGCCGCGCGACGGGCUGGCUGCGACGCAGCGCGAGGCGUGCGACAUGCUCGGCACGUCCGGCGCGGGGCGGGAGCGCGAGCACCCGCUGUGGCGCCGCGUGGAGUGCAUGCCUGGCGGGCCGCACCCUGCGCUGUGGGUCAACCGCCUGACGGGGCUGGUGGCGCUGACGGAGUUCCGCGCGGACUGGGGCGUGCGCGGGGGUGCGAUCUGCGAGGAGAUGGGUCUCGGGAAGACGGUCGAGGUCCUGGCGUGCAUCCUGGCCCACCGUUUGGUCGAGGGGGGUGUGCCCAAACAACCCAAGGCGGAGGAGGGGGGGAGUCUCGAGGAGAACAGCGACGGGCCGGUGGACUGCGUGUGCGGGGCGACGGACGACGCGAACUACGCCGGGCUGUGGAUUGCAUGCGACAGGUGCUCGCGGUGGAUGCACAGUCCGUGCGUGGACGUGGAGGGCCGUCCGCCGCGCACGUGGCACUGCCCCGUGUGCACCGAGGAACGGGCCGCGGAGUGCGGGAGGCAGCUCGAGGGCGUCUCGCCCGCGACGCUCAUCGUCGUGCCCGCGCCGCUGCUCCCGCAGUGGUGCGAGGAGAUCCAGCGGCACACCCGCGGCGUCCAGGUGCGGGUGUUCGAGGGCCAGGGCGACGACUACUCCACGUCGACCACGCCAGCGGACCUCUCGAGCAGCGACAUCGUGCUCGUCACGUACGAGACCCUCCGCCGCGAGCUGCACCGCAAACCUGACUCCGGUGACGCCGCCGCAGACAGCCGGUCGCGGCGCCGCAGGCAGCGGUACGCGGCGUUCCCGACGCCGCUCACGCGGCUCACGUGGUGGCGCGUGUGCCUCGACGAGGCCCAGGCCGUCGAGAGCACCACCGCGAAGGCCGCGCAGAUGGCGCUACAGAUCCCGGCAGUGCACCGCUGGUGCGUCACCGGCACGCCGAUCAACCGCGGCCUCGAGGAUCUCCAGGGCCUCUUCGCGUUCCUCCGCGUCCAGCCGUACGACACCCCGUUCUGGUGGCGCCGCGCGAUCCAGGACGGCUGCGAGGCCGGGUGUCGGCACGCGCGCGAGAGACUCCUCGCGCUGCUCCGCCCCGCGUCAGGCGGGCUGCUCUGGCGGUCCUCGAAGGCGUCCGUUGCGCACGAGCUCCAGCUGCCCGGCAUGCAGCAGCUCCUCUCCAAGCUCCACCUGUCGGCGGUGGAACGGCACUUUUACAACCAGCAGCACCGCAAGCUGCAGUCGCAGGCGCGCGGGCUGCUGCCGGCGUGGGCUGCGCGCGUGCCGGCGCAGGCGGGCGACGAGGAGGACGUCGUCGUUGUCGACGGGCACGAGGACCGCGCGCUGUCGCACAAGGAGGCGGACAGGCUGCUGCGGCCCCUUUUGUUGCUGCGGCAGGCGUGCUGCCACCCGCAGGUGGGGCAGUCGGGCCUGCGCGCGGCGGGCGGGGCGAACGGCGCGCUGAUGUCGAUGGACGACGUGCUCGCCGCGCUGAUCGUGCGUGCGAAGACGGAAGCCGAGGAGGCGCAGCGGCUGCUGGUGGCGGCGCUGAACGGGCUCGCGGCAGUCGCGCUGCUGGAGGAGAGCAACGCGGGCGCGGUGGAGCUGUACCGGGAGUCCCUGCGGACCAUCGAGCAGAACAAGGCACACGUUCGCACAGACAAGCUGCAGCGGCUGCACACGCUCCACAACCUGCACGAGGUCCUGACGUCAGUUCCUGGGGGUGUUCCGGGGGUCCCCCACACCCUGCGCGACGCGACGCUCGCCGAGGAGGCCCGCGAGCUCCGCCAGGGGUACGUGGCUGCGGCGAUCACGAACAUGCGCGCGGCGGAGGCGCAGUAUCGCGACACGAGCCGCAAGGUCGCCGAGGGCGCAGCGGGCCGCGAGGGGUGGUGGCUGGACGCCGUGGACGUCCUGGCGGCGCGGCUGCCCGACGGCGGGUACGACGCCGCACAGGACAUCCGGACGAAGCUCGGCGAGGCCGAUCAGUACUGGCAGACGGCGAAUUCGGUCAGCAUCGCGUCGCAGAUCACGUCGCUCGCGACGCUGAAGCUGCUGCUCGCGUCCGCGGCGGACGCGCAGUGGGAGGCGCGGUGCAGGGCGCUGCGGGAGCUGGACGGGCUCGGGGAGCUGUGCGGGCGCGACGGCGGCCCUCCGCGCGAGCUGGUGUCCGAGGCGGGGCAGUGCAAGCUGUGUCGGGCGGACCUGGGGGUCGAGGGGGUCAAGUGCCGGCACUGCGGGCUGGACGUGCUCCUGCGGCGGUGGGAGGGGCGGCUUUACACCCUGCAGACCCGCGCGGUUGGCGGCGGCGCCGUCGACAUCGACGCGGCCCUGUCGCACGAGGAGGGCGUGUUCGAGGACCGCAUGGAGCGCGGGGGCAUCCUCGGGACGAACGUGAGGCUCGCGGCGGGGGCCGUCCGGGGCGGCACGACUGCGCGGGACGCAGCGGUCACGCGAUCCAACGUCGUGCGCCACCCGAGCGAGGUUGAGCGCGCGCUGCGGCUGCUUCUGGACCACCUGCGGAAGGCGAUCGGGAAGCACAUGGGGCGCGUCGCGGCGUUCGGGCGCGUGCACGACGUCCAGGGGAUGAUCGACACCGCCCAGGAACACCUCAAGGCGAUGGAGCUGCAACGAACGGAGUUUCUGCGGGCGCGGAGCCUCGCGAAGGCGCAGCGCGAGGCGCUGUACGCGUGCGACGAGGUCGACAUGUGCCUCAUGCGCAUCCACCUGCGCGGACCUCACGAGAUCAUCACGCAGCCCAUCGAGGCGCUGUUCAAGCUGCUGCCGAGCGACGUGCCAGUGCGCAAGCGCGAGCUCGAGAUGGACCGGGCGGCCGCGGAGCACGACCUCGGGGCCUCCUUGUCCACGCUCCGCUACCUCCUGACGCUGCAGCAGGCGAAGAAGCGCCGGGCGCGGCGCGAGGCGGGAGCGGCGGGCGACGCGGCGCCGCGCACCCAGGAGCCCGCGGGCGACAAGGCGCAGGAGGCCGCGGGGGCGGAUGGUGCUGGGCAGGGCGGGGAGGAGGGCGAGGUGUGUCCGAUCUGCCAGGAGGCGCUGCAGUUGGAGCUGGCGGUGAUGCGGUGCGGGCACGUGCUGUGCACGCAGUGCUCGCUGAAGUGGGUGGAGCGCGCGGGGGCCGCGGGGGGCGUCGCGGCGGACCGGCAGAUCAAGUGCCCCGUGUGCCGGAAGAAGACGCGCGCGGGGGACAUCGCGUACAUCGACGAACGCGCCCGCGACGCGCACACCAUCGACGGCGCCGCGGCCGGGCCGUCGGGCGGCACCGCGGACCUCGAGGCGACCAUCGUCGUCGCGGGGAGCUACGGGACCAAACUCGAGGCGGUCGUGCGGCGCAUCCUCGCGCUGACGCGCCGGGACCCCUCGUGCCGCAUCAUUGUCUUCUCCGAGUGGAUGGGCGUCCUCGAGCUCGUGUCGCACGCGCUCACGACCAACCGCGUCCCCCACGCCCUGGCCCGCGGCGGGGGCAAGGGGCUCCAGGACGCACUGCGCGCCCUGCGCGCCACCCCGGAGGACGACGCGGCUCCGGUCGCGCCCGACGAUAGCGCCGCCGCCCCGUCCGUCGCGCAGCUGCACGCGCAGAACGCCGGCGCGACCCCCGCAAGGCCGCGCAAGGCUGCACACAGCACGAGGGCGAGCAAGCGGCGGCGAGGCGGCGCGCUGCCGUGGUCGCGCGGCGGCCGGAAGGGGCUCCGCGGCGCGGGGGGCGCCGCGCAGGUGGCGCUGCUGCCGCUCCGCGUGGGUGCGAACGGGCUCAACAUCACGGAAGCUCAACACGUGGUGUUCGUCGAGCCGUUGCUGGACCCCGCGGUGGAGGCGCAGGCGGUGGGGCGCGUGCAUCGGAUCGGGCAGACGCGCGAGACGCAGGUGCAUCGGUUUGUGGUGGAGGCGACGGUGGAGGAGGGGGUACAUGCGAUGGCGCGGCGGAGGGCGGCGGGGCAGGAUCUGUCGGCGGCGGGGGCGGGGCGGCGCGCGGAGGAGAAGGCGCUGACGGUCGUCGACGUCGCGCGGCUCGUGUUCGGGCACGGGGCGCCCGGCACCGGGAGGCACGCGGAGUAG